AUGCGCCUCAGGGGCGAGGACCCUGAUUAUUCGAAGAGGGAUUUAUGGAGAGCCAUCGAAAAAGGCAAAAAGAUAUCCUGGACAGCUCACGUUCAGAGGACGCUGACCCUGAUAAACUCGGGUUCGACCCUUUCGAUGUCACUAAAGUCUGGCCUAGAGCCCAAUUCACAGUACCUGCGAGAGUUGGGAAAGCUAGUUCUGAAUCGCAAUCCCGAGAACUUCCACAGAGAUGUUGAACAGGCUGCAUUCUCGCCAGGAAGCAUGGUCUCUGGUAUUGAAGAUAGCCCGGAUCCUCUUCUUCAAUUCAGGACAUUUUUCUAUUGUGAUGCACAGCUUCACAGGAUCGGAGUGAACUGGCACCAGAUUCCCGGUGGGUGCAUCUUGUUUUCUUCUAUUGAGUAG